AUGGGAUUUCUGUCAGCAAGAAUCAGCAAAGAGUUAAUCUUUUUCUUACUGUGCAGUCUCUUUGCCAUUUCUGCUGCUCAAAAACUCAAAACAUUCAAUAAACGGUAUGGCUCCUUCGAUUCAAGUGACAUGGAUGUUACCAACGGAGCCCUCCUGAAGGAAAGAGAUGCCGGAAUCAACAAUCAAGCCCUUCAACUCACCCCAGAUAGUCUUCAACAAGGGUUCAUUAAAACAAACAAAUCAGGUAGAAUGCUUCUGAGACAGCGUUUUAAACUCUGGGAUGGGGAUGGAGAUGAGAAGAUCCCAGCAAAUGACACCAGGAGGGUGGCCUCUUUCAAUACAUCCUUUCUUAUCAAUAUUUCUCCAGUUGAUAACGCAACAGGGGAAGGCCUUACUUUCUUGAUUGCUCCAUCCCUAAAUUCAACCCCGCCUUCCAGUUAUGGUCAGUAUCUUGGCCUAACAAAUGCUACAACUGAUGGGCAAAGCAGCAACAAAAUUGUUGCUAUUGAGCUUGAUACAUUCAAGCAACCAUUUGAUCCAGAUAACAAUCAUAUAGGCCUUGAUAUCAAUGGGGUCAACUCUAAAAAGGUGGAAUCUUUAGCACUUCAUAACAUCACACUUGCUCCCUUAGAUGAAGUGAGAUUUCACAAUGUUUGGGUGGAUUAUGAUGGGAUUAACAAGGUCAUUGAUGUUUACAUUGCACGACAACAAAGUCAGAACGGUCCUACGCCUCCUAAGCCUGAUUUGCCCAUAAUCACAUACCCUCUUAACCUGAGGGAUGUCCUGAAUCAGUAUUCAUAUUUUGGGUUCUCUGGUUCAACUGGGAAUACUGCAGAGCUCAAUUGUGUUCUGCGCUGGAAUUUGACUGUUGAGCAUUUCCCAGAUGAAAAAGGUCACGUCUUGACCAUCGUUCUUGCAGUUGUAGUGCCAGCUCUUGUGUUGAUCUUGUUAGGAGCUGCGGGAUUGGUAUAUUAUGUCCGGAGGAAGAAUAUGGGAAGGUCCAGUUCAAACAUUCUUGGUGCACUCAAGAGCUUGCCUGGAAGUCCAAGGGAGUUUGAAUACAAGGAAUUGAAGAGGGCUACCAGCAAUUUCGAUGAAAAACACAAGCUUGGACAAGGGGGUUAUGGAGUUGUGCAUAGAGGGUUCUUGCCAAAGGACAAUUUGGAGAUUGCUGUCAAGUGUUUUUUGAGGGAGAGCAUCAAGGGAGAAGAUGAUUUUCUCGCUGAGCUUACUAUUAUUAAUCGUCUUCGCCAUAAGCAUCUUGUUAAAUUGCUUGACUGGGUUUGGUUCUUGCAUCGCGAUGGCCUCCUACUUCAAGCCGUUGACAUGAGGUUAGGGGAAGACUACAUUGCUGAAGAAGCCGAGAGACUUUUGCUAUUAGCGCUGGCUUGUUCACAUCCUAUAGCAAGUGAAAGACCCAAAACACAAGCUGUUUUACAAAUUAUAACGGGAGCGGUUCCACCGCCACAGGUGCCACCUUUCAAGCCAGCAUUUGUAUGGCCUGCAAUGUUGCCAUUAGAUAUAGAAUCUAGCUUCACAGACACAGGUUCCAUUACAACUUCACAGUACAAUUCAGGAUGGAGUCAGCAAUGCCUCAGUAGGGAAAGCCAUGCAGACUAUACAGACCAUUCCUUGGUGUAG